CAACUAUGGCAGAGCGUCGGAUAGUCGUCCUCAUCUCCGGCGGAGGUUCUAAUCUCCAGGCCUUGAUUGACGCGUGCAACACUCCGGCCCUGCCGAAUGCGCGCAUCGUUCUCGUACUAUCCAACAGAAAGGCCGCGUACGGCCUUCAGCGGGCGCAGAACGCCCAGCCUCCAAUACCGACCGCAUACCUCGCCCUCCAGCCGUAUCUGAAGACCAACCCCGGGAAGACGCGCGAGGAUUACGAUGCGGCGGUGGCGGACAUCGUGCUCGAGGGGGAACCGGACGUGGUUGUCCUCGCAGGGUGGAUGCAUGUGCUGAGCGAGCGGUUCUUGGACGUUCUCGCGGGGAGGACGACCGACCGCGCAAGCUCGAGUGACGCGCCGGCGAUCCCUGUGAUCAACCUCCAUCCGGCCUUGCCGGGCGCUUUCGACGGCACACAUGCGAUCCAACGCGCGCAUGAGGCCUUCCUACGCGGGGAAAUUACGAAAAGCGGGGCGAUGGUUCAUCGCGUCGUGAAGGAGGUAGAUCGCGGGGCACCAGUGGUUGUUAGAGAGGUGGAGAUGAGAGAGGGCGAAGACCUGGAUACAUUCGAGAGUCGAAUCCAUGCCGCUGAGUGGGAGAUCAUCGUCGAAGCUACCAGGACAGUGUUAGACGAGACCAAACCUACAAUAUGAAUCGUGGUGCACGCUCGAACCCACCCCGAGCUUGACCUUGAUGAUGACACGCCAUCAAUGCCCGCAGAACUGCUGAUUGCGGCUCAGUCGCACGUUUUCGAGCUUGCAUUAAUAAGCCUAGCCGUGACCACCGCAUGGGUUCCUCUCGUUCGAGUGGGCGAGGGUAGAUAAGUAGCG